UCCCGGGAAACGUCCCGGAGUGAUGGCCGCAGCAGGGUCCCAGCAGCUUCAGUUCGCAGAGGGCGCCGCUUUCCCCACCUUCCCGGCCGCGCACCCCGGAGGACAGCUGCUCCCGGCCGCGCGCCCAGCCACUGGGCUACCCCCGGCGCCCCCGGACUCUCGCGCCCCAGCGGCCACGCCAUGCUUUCCAAGCCGGGGCCCCAGGCCCGCAGCGCAGACUCCCACCGGCCUGGAUCCGCCCGGACCCUCCAAAGGCUCGGCCGCCCCGUCUGCGCCGCAGCGCCGCAAGCGCACGUCGUUCAGCUCCGAGCAGCUGCAGUUGCUGGAGCUCGUCUUCCGACAGACCAUGUACCCCGACAUCCACUUGCGGGAGCGUCUGGCUGCGCUCACGCUGCUACCCGAGUCAAGGAUCCAGGUGUGGUUCCAGAACAGACGGGCCAAGUCCCGGCGUCAGAGCGGGAAGUCGUUUCAGCCCUUAUCCUCAAGGCGGGAAGAUUUCCUCCAUCGUCCUGCUCCGGGGACUGAAGCAAGGUGUCUGAAGCCUCAGUUGCCUCUAGAGGCGGAUGUGAACCACGUUCUGGAUUCCAGUAUGGCUGGAGGAGGCGUCUGUACAUCUGGUUCUCAGGGUUUUGAAACUUACUCCUCUCUCUCUGAAGAUAUUGGCUCAAAGUUGGACUCAUGGGAGGAGCACAUCUUUUCUGCCUUGGGUAGCUUCUGAGGAUUCUGGGAGAGUUCAAGAUGUACUCAGGGAGAUCUGGGAGAUUCGAACCAGACCCUGUCUGAUCUCCUGACUGGCCAGGUCUUGGUUCUGGAUCACCUCUCAUAUUUAGGUUUCCCUUCUCCGACACAGCCUUUACUGCUGGCUUGUUCUUGGUAGCCACCCGCCCUCCCACCCGCAAGUCACUGUGAAUCUCCAAGACUGCACAUUAUCAUCGGUCUACAUCCCCUGGGCCUUCUCACUAGGGUUAUUCUCGUUUUCCAGACUGAUUAUUCAAAAUUUGCUUUCCUCAUAGGAACCUCCAGCUGGAUUCAAUUUCUCCCCUUUCUCGGCAGCUGCCUACAACGUGGGUUCACUCUCUCUCACCCAAAUCCUUAUCACCAAGACUUAGUACUUUUUAUUGAAUCUUUUUGUUUUGUUUUUGACCUUGCUGUGUAAGUAAGGAUGGCAUGAACUCCUGUCCUCCCACCUCUAUUUGCCAUCGUGACUGACUGGAUGUUGCUAUUUUUGCUUAAAAUUGUGUAUGAUAUUAAGAUAUAUAUCCAAAUCAAGCUUAACACAUGCAUGAGAUCAGUCACCUUCCUUUUUUCUGCGAUGAUACAAUCUAUUAGCAAUUUCAAGUAUAUGAAAUAUCGAUACUAACUCUAGCCAUUACCAUUGAGUUCUUCAGCUUCUCUCUCCUAGCUGACUGAGUAUCCUAGCCACCUCCCCUGCCCUCACUUGACUGGUUUCUCGUCUGGCCUGUCAACUUUACACUCCAUCAGUAAAGAUGCUACUUUCAACCUCUUUCAAGAACCCCAUGCCUCUUGUUCCCCACUUUCUUUCUUUCUUUUUCUUUUUUUUUUUUGGUUCUUUUUUUUUUUCGGAGCUGGGGACUGAACCCAGGGCCUUGCGCUUCCUAGGUAAGCGCUCUACCACUGAGCUAAAUCCCCAGCCCCUCUUUCUUUCUUUUUUAAAUUACUCUAUUUGGAAAUCUGUGGCAGCAUCCAGUUACCAAACCAUAAGACCCUGUCAAGCACGCUCCUAGUCAAUGACAUCAUCUUUAGCUUAUGCAAACUUUAAGAUCAUUUACCCACAAUGUGCUUCUCUGUCUGUCUCUGUCUGUCAUUCCUUUCUAGUUGGGACUCAGUGAGAAAGCUUCUCUUUCAAAACAGCUCAAGCACACCGCUUUCUGAAGCCUGAACUUUUCUUAACUAAUCCUGUUUUUCGUACCUGUUACUUUGAUGACCAUUUUUCUUAGCACUUGUUCUUAUUAUGUUUCCUGUACAACAUUAGUGGAUUACUAAAUGCUCCUCACUGCCGUUUUUUACAUGAAUCCCAUUGAAAUGAGCCCUGUUUUCCCAGACCUCAGCACUGGGAAAGUUGGGGAAUACAUAAUGAAUGACAGAAAACAUUCUGAAGGGAACUUUCUGCACACACAGUACAUCGAGAAUUUAUUUGAGCACGCUUAUCUGCUGGGCUGCUGAGAUAGCUCAGUGGAGGUAAACAUGUUGUCACCAAGCAUGACAAUCUGAGUUUGAUCCCCAAGACCCACAUGGUGAGAAGGAGAAUGGAUUUGUCUUUUAGACUUCCACAUGUGUGCUAUGGUGUAUACCCACAUACAUACACACAUACAAAAUAAAUA